GCUCACCUGUACAGAUUACGGACCUUAUCACCUUCCCCUUCUAUCGUUUAAUGGAGGCAGGUAGAUAGUCAGUACUGGGAGUCAAGGUGGACAGAAGCAGCAGUCCCUUCCUAGCCAUGUUCUCGCGCAGGUGACACUUGGCGCAGGUACAGACAGGUAACCAUCACCCCACACCUGGUCUUCCUGCCGGUGAGAAAUACAGGUGAAUGUAGAAUUAUCAUCAACACAACUUCCAGAUGUUGCUUCCUGAGAGAAGUGCGAGGUUGUCUCUUCACGUGUAGCAUCAGACCUUCCACGCCCACUCUCACGCCGUUCACGCAGCCAGGAGGUGGGUGCGGGGGCGGAAGAAGACCAACAUGUCUGCUGCGGGGCGGUGGGUGAGGGCGGGGCUUCACAUUUGCCUUGAAUGGUUACUGGCGCUUGUGUUUGGGGCUGUGGUGGUGACGCGGCUUGGAUGGGCGUGCGUGAGGGGCGCCGUGAGAGAGGGGAGGAUGAGGGAUGCGCCCCCGCCCUGCCUGGAGCACCCUGCCCUUGGAAGACACAAGUUUCUGAAGCUGCAACAGAACGUUAAGCUUCAUUACGUGGAAGCUGGCAACCCAGAGGCACAAUUGGUGGUCAUGCUGCACGGGGCACCUGACUUUUGGUUCACCUGGAGGCGCCAGAUCACUACACUGAGCCACGACUUCUGCGUAGUGGCUCUGGAUUUGCGUGGCUGCGGUGAUUCAGACUCCCCGUCCCGCUGUUCCCAGUACACCACGUCCAUCAUUGCCCGGGACGUGGCCAGCCUCAUCACACUGCUGGGUCGGGACAAGGCUCACCUGGUGUGUGCGGGGACGGGCGGCCAGGUGGGUUGGCACAUGUGUUACCAUCACCCCCAGCUGGUGGCCAAGAUGGUACUGAUCCACGCCCCUCACCCUUACGUCAUCCGCCAGCACCUCAAUGCCCGCUGGACCAACUAUCUUAAGUCCUGGUAUCUUUACUUCGUCCGCCUUCCCCUACUGCCGGAGUGGGCUGCGCAUUUUAGCGAUAACGUUAUGGUGGACCAGCUGCUGGCCCCUCUGGUGGCGGCCAAGGCAGUCACGGGGGAUGAAGUGGAUGCUUAUAAAUUCACCUUCUCCAGACGAGAGGACUGGCGGGGGCCUCUCAACCACCUAAGACAGAUCGACCUGAGCAAAGUGGAGAAGGAGGAACCGCAACCAGAUGUCAUAACCAAACCAACGCUUCUACUGAUGGGUGAUGCGGAUCCGGCUCUUCCUCUUGACCUCGCCUACCGCUCUGCAGAAUACGUGGAACGAAUUACUGUAAGACCGGUGCCGGGGCGUGGCUACCUGUCACACGUGAGUCAGGCGCCGCAGGUAAAUGAAGCAAUUGGGGAGUUCCUGAGGGAGAUGCCUUGGCGCCCUCUGUCCCCCUUAGAAUCGUCUUCCUCCAGUCCUUCGUUAAUGAGCCGCGUAAUGGGAGCAAGUUUAGCUGUCGUCUCCUCCACUGUGGGGAAGACCACGGGGGCACUUGAAAUUACCCGCGCGCUUCCCUCAGGACUCAAGACAGUGGCCCAGGGAUCUAUCAAGCUGGCUGAGUCCAAGUUAGGAUUGGAAUACGAUUAUUAACUUAAGCAAAUAGCAAUUUUCUUCUAUUUCUCUCUUUUUUUGUGCUGUUCCUCAGUCUACAUUUAUUUUUUCUCCUUUUUUAUAUUCGCUAUCUAUUUGUUUAUCUAUCUAUCUAUCUGUCUAUCUAUCUAUCUAUCGAUCUAUCUUUGUAUUGUAACGGCUCCCUCCUUCUGAUGUGCAGUUGGUAAUAAGGGCGAGGAAUUCAUAUUUGACGUAGCCUUUAUAGAGAAUACAGAGUGCUCUCACCUCUCUUUCCUACACUUUCUAACACUUCUCAUCGUAUUCGCUACAUUUUCAAAAUUCUUUAUAGUCCUCCAUUAAAAUCACACUGUUUUCUCUAGUCACGAGCACUCAGGAUUGCUCUUGUACCUUUAUCUUCACUAUCGUACUUUGAUCUUUUGUUUAUGCCCUUUGACCUGUCCUUUAAGGUCCUGAUAGGGUACCAGGGCUCUUCCUUUUCUUCCCUUCUUUCAUAAUUUUGUUAUUAUUGUUACUGUUAUUCCUCUAUUGUUUCAUGUUUAUUUGUGGUCUUAUUAUUCUCCUACCUACUAUUCAUCAUCAUUAUUCGUUUCAUUCUUCUUUUCCUUAUUACAUUAUCAUUCACAUUUUUCCUUCAUCUCGUUAAUAUUAUUAUAAUUCCUCUUCUCUUCCAAUUGUUAUCUUAUCAUUGCCUUGUUUCCUCGUAAUCAUCAUUAUUUACAUUCUUUUCUUGUCCUUUAUUCUAUUGUCCUCUUUCCUCUUAGUUAUUAACAUUAUCCUCUUAUCUCUUCCCUCUUCUUGAUAACCUCGAUCAGAUUCUCAUUGGUGAAGAGGUGAAGGAGGUGUGUGUGUGUGUGUGUAUGUGUGUGUGGCAAAGAGAAAUAUUUGUACAAUAUUACUUUUUCUUGUCACAUAUUAAACGUAUCAUUUUGUUUUUAUGAAAUUUAAAAUAAAGAUAACAAUGAGCCAUGUA